AUGAUUAAAUAAGUAAUUAUAGAUUUGGUUUUUUAGUUGUACAUAAAACUUAAUUUAGUAUAUGAUUAAGUUCUGUUAUUAAUUAUAAAUGUUAUUUCAAACUAGAGAAAAAACAUCUCGUUCUGUUUCACCAGCAAAUCGUUCAGACUUAGUAACCAUAAUACCAAGAUCUUAAAGUCCAACCAUUACAAAAGAGCAAUUAUAAGUAAUAAUUUGUAAAAUUUAGAACACCAAAUUUUACAAUCGUUUCUAUAGAUAGGAACAACGUUAUCAACUUUUAUAAGAAUAGGUUAAACAGAUAUUUAUAAUGCAUAGAUUAAUGCAGAGAUAAAGGCAUUAUCAAAUAAGAAGAAGAUUACAUAAAAUUCUUAUGCAAUAAUAGCAAAUUAAUUACAAUAACGAAUUUAAGAAACUUUAUUAAGAUUUUAAGGUGAAGUGCUUGAUUUUGCAUAAAUAGGAACUGCCUUCACUGAAUUAAAAAUAUUUUAAGAGAUUGUUUUUAAUAGCGAUUGCGAAUGUAUAAUUUAUAAUUGUAAAAUAGUGGUAAAUAGCGAUUAACCUCUUAAUUUGAGAGGUAAACAAGAAGUAAUUAUAAAUUACAUAAAUAGAUGUUGAUGCAUGAGAUGUUAUGGAAUCUAGUAUCACAAGAUGGAUAAUAUGAAUAAGUUGAAACUCAAAUGGUACUAUGUGUUUUUAGAAUAUUGAUGGAUCCAGUUAAAUUGACAGUUGAAGAGACAGCAUAAUUAGUUUUAGAUUUUUUAAACUAUGAAAUUGCAAAUUAUGCUUAAAAAUUUGAACAAGCUAAAAGAUUAGUAAUUCAAUUCAGAGCACUUACAUAAAAUUAAAUGUUUUCUAGUUAUCCAGAUAAAAAAAAAGAAGAAAUUGAAGAUAUAAAAGAGAAAUAUUCACCUUCAAUUAACUAAAAAUCAUAAAUUUUAGCAUAUUAAAAUAGACAAAAAUAUAUUGAUAAAUAAUUAAGUACUUAAAGUUAAAGUUGUGUUGAUGUUCUAUUAAAAAAGAAAGAAGAAUUUAACAGAGAAAUUAAAAAAUAAUAACAAUAAAAAUAAGAAGAAAAAAUGAAAGAAUGUACUUUUUAACCAAAAAUAAAUUAAAAUUAUUCAUAAAAUUCUACAAUUGAUGUUGUUAGUAGAUUAUACACACAAGAAUCUAUUUAUUAAAAAAGAUUAUAUUAAGAAGAAAAUAUAAGAAAAACUUAAGAAUAAAGAGAAUUGACUGAAUUAAACUAAUGCACAUUUACACCAUUAAUUAAUGAUGGUAUUCCUAUAUCUACAAUCACUUCAAGCACUCCAAAAGAUUAUGAUAAAAUGGUAGACAGAAUGAGAAGUGCUAAUAAUAAGGCAAAAGAACAAAAAGAUAAAUUAAAUCAGUAAUUAUAUUAAUAAAUAUUAAGUAUAUCUACUGGAGAAUAAUUAGAUAAACUAAGAAAUUCUCCCUUUAACCCUCCUUAAAUGGUCAAUAGACCAAAAUUAAAAAAAAAACCAAUAGUAAUUAUGGAUGUAAACAUCUGCCCAGGUAAAUAAGGCAGAUUAGCUUUAUAUGAAGAUCAAGACCCUUAAGAUGUAGUUAAGAAUUUUUCAAAGUUAUUUAAUCUCAAUACAGAAAUGUCAGACAUUUUACUUAAUGUUUUGGAAAAAGAAAGAUAAAAAAUGAUUAAAAAAUAAAACACUUGA